AUGCUCGCUGAUGAUCAUUCAAUACCAAAGUGUGCAUGGGUGGUGAAGUUGGAUCUAGAUGUGUCUUCCGAUGGGGGUGAGAGCAUGGUGGCAUGCAGGAUGUACGGACCAAAUUGCUACGACGGUGAGCCUUUCUUUGUUGCUAGAGAGCCGGAGAAUCUAAACGCGAAGGAGGAUGAUGGAUACGUGGUGUCAUUUGUGCACGAUGAGAAGACAAGAGAAUCAAGGUUCUUAGUGAUGGAUGCUAAGUCGCAACAGCUUGAUAUUGUGGUGGUUUUCAAGCUGCCUCGCCGGAUCCCGUACGGCUUCCAUGGUCUCUUCGUGAAGGAAAGUGACCUACAAAAGUUGUACUAA